AUGGUUGGUCGGCCCUAUUCGAACGUCCUACUUUGUAACCAUUGAGGCAGGACCCUAGAAUUUUAAUGUGAGGCGGUUGACAGAAUCAUAUGGGAGGUGCUCUCUUAUUCUGACUUUGACCAUCAUCUCAUCUUAAUUUUAACUGUCACGCCAUUUUCUAGAUCCGUUCGCUAUGACCCGUAUCGUAUCAGGUGGCUUGUGCAUUACUUGACGCAACAGCUUCUGCUUCUCCAGUUUUUGAAGGCACAUUCAUGACUCACCGGAAAACAACAGCUGCAAGAUGAUGGAGAGAUCGCGGCAGGCGCUGGGACUCCUCUUGAUUUGCCUGCUGAUCUGCCUCCGACUGGUUUCUGCUUUUCACCGGCCGCCGCCGGGGAGGGUGAUCCAAACGGCAUUCGAGAAACCGCGUUCGCACCCGCAACAAGUGCAUGUGUCUGUCGCGGGGCGAGACCGGAUGAGAGUGUCGUGGAUCACCGGCAGCCUGCAUGCUCUGUCGCUGGUGGAGUACGGUAAGGCGCCGGGGCAGUACGAGGCGUCGGCUACAGGGGAGGGCACUUCAUAUCUUUACUUCUUUUACCGCUCCGGCAAGGUCCACCACGUCAAGAUCGGCCCCCUCGAACCCGGCACGGUCUACUACUACCGCUGCGGUGGAAUCGACGACGAGUUCAGCUUCAAAACUCCGCCGGCGACUCUCCCCGUCGAGCUAGCCAUCGUAGGGGAUCUCGGGCAAACAGAAUGGACGGCGUCGACGCUAGCUCACAUCGGAAAAUCAAGCUACGACAUGCUCCUUCUGCCCGGCGACCUUUCCUACGCCGACAGCCAGCAGCCUCUUUGGGAUUCCUUCGGCCGCUUCGUCCAACCAUACGCGAGCCGCCGGGCGUGGAUGGUGACCGCGGGCAACCACGAGAUCGAGGCCAUCCCAAUUCUCUACCCAGACCCUUUCGUCUCCUACAACUCCCGCUGGCGCAUGCCCUACGAGGAGAGCGGCUCGACCUCCAACCUCUACUACUCGUUCGACACCGCCGGAGGCGGUGUCCAUGUCGUCAUGCUGGGCUCCUACGCCGACUUCAACUCCAGCUCCCCGCAGUACGAGUGGCUGGCGGCCGACUUGGCCAAGGUCGACCGGAGGGUCACCCCGUGGCUCUUCGUGCUCCUCCACGCGCCCUGGUACAACACCAACGCGGCGCACCAGGGCGAGGGCGAGAGCAUGAGACGAGCGAUGGAAUCGCUGCUUUACGGAGCGCGAGUCGACGCUGUUUUCGCCGGGCACGUCCAUGCCUACGAACGCUUCACGAGGAUUUACGACAACAAGGCGGAUCCUUGUGGGCCUGCGUACGUAACCAUCGGCGACGGAGGAAACAGAGAAGGGCUAGCACUGGAGUUCGACCAGAAUCACAGGUCGGUUUCUCUGUCGCUGUUGCGCGAGGCGAGCUUCGGGCACGGCGAGCUCAGGGUGGCCAACGCGACGCACGCUCGCUGGACGUGGCACCGCAACGACGACGCUUACGCCACCGUGCGGGACGAGGUGUGGCUGACGAGCCUCGGCGCCUCCGGCGGCUGCGGUGUUGGACGCGCCGCCAGAAUCGCACGCGCUUCGGCCAAGCUCGAGCUUUAGGGAAACGGCCUUCUUGUAGGAAAGAGCUUGCCAGAAUAGCAAGGCUGAAGGGGAUUCUCUCCUUCAGGUGUUCUUUUCUAAAAUCAAGGAGACCUUCGAGCUCUACAGAAGGAUUCACAGUCAGUCAACUAGAGGUGGACUUCAAUUUAUUAUAUUGAACAAUAUUUAGUUAAUUGUGAAAUCGAUUGAAGUUUCGAUGAACAAAAUGAUUCUAUUAGACCAGCAGUUGUCUAGAGGUUAAGUCGAGAUGAUUUAAGAAUUAAUUAAGAGGAUG